UCUUACUGCAUAUGUUUGAAUAGUGAAAUGAAAAAAGAAAAAAUUCAUGUGUUACUGUGCUUUUGAAGGGCUGUUUCUUGCCUUUUGCUUUAGCAGUCAAGGUUAGCUUGGAACAAAGGUAUGCAAUAAGAAGGCCCUGGGCUUUAGAAAAAAUAACUUAAAAAAAGGAAGAGAACUGUGAUUUCAUCUCUCUCUUCUCUCUCCCCAGCCUAUUCUCUCUCUCUCUCUCUCUCUCUUGCACGCAUAAACCGCCUCCAAGCUCUGCUUAAAUUAGCAAAGGGCUUUAAAGGGACCUGAUUAUUCUUGAAGGUGAGGGAUUUUUCAAUAGCUUGAGGGAGUGAUAUGGAGGUUUGAAAGCAGAUAUGUGGAGAGGGGAGAGAGGGAGAGAGGAGAAGAGAUAGUAUCUGCAGUUGCGAAGAAAAGAGCCAAGAGCAAAGAAAAAGAGAGAGAGGAUGAAUAACAGUAGUAGCAGUAACUUGGGUUCAAUCAGCAGCUCUGAUCUUAUCGAUGCAAAGCUCGAAGAGCAUCAGAUUUGCGGAUCCAAACAGUGCCCCGGUUGCGGACACAAGCUUGAUGGGAAGCCGGAUUGGUUAGGUCUACCAGCAGGAGUCAAAUUUGACCCGACAGACCAAGAACUGAUAGAACACCUCGAGGCCAAAGUGGAAGCCAAAGACAUGAAAUCUCACCCUCUCAUCGACGAGUUCAUUCCUACCAUCGAAGGCGAGGAUGGGAUUUGUUACACCCAUCCUGAGAAACUUCCAGGAGUGACAAGAGAUGGGUUGAGCAGGCACUUCUUCCACAGGCCGUCCAAGGCUUACACAACCGGGACACGGAAGCGGCGGAAGAUCCAAACCGAGUGUGACCUCCAAGGCGGCGAGACACGGUGGCACAAGACUGGCAAGACCAGGCCGGUCAUGGUGAACGGCAAGCAAAAGGGUUGCAAGAAGAUACUGGUCCUCUACACCAACUUUGGCAAGAACCGGAAACCCGAGAAGACAAAUUGGGUUAUGCACCAAUACCAUCUGGGUCAGCAUGAGGAAGAGAAGGAAGGGGAGCUCGUGGUAUCCAAGAUAUUUUACCAGACGCAGCCGAGGCAGUGCAACUGGUCUGAGAGGACCAUUCCCGCCACUAGCACUUCCGCUCAUGCCGCCGAAGGAAGCGGCGAUCCCAACAAUAGUAGCAGAAGAGGCGGCGGUAGUGGUGGGAGUGGAAGCUCUUCUACUUCAAAGGAGGUGAUUUCUCGGACAGAUGAGAUCUCCGGAAGCGCAGUUAUCACUGCAGUUACCGCUGCAAUUUCAAGUUACGGCACUGCCACCACCGACAUUCAACAGUUGAAAUCGGAACAUUUUGGGUUCAUCCCAUUUAGAAAAGGCUUCGAUGAGGUGGGAAUUGGGGAAGCUUCAACCGGAAGGGAAGCCCCGACGUCCGGCACCUGUGAGGACAUCAGAGAUCAUCAUCAGUACCAGAGGUUGCAUCAUCCUGUGGCUCCCCAUGAUCAUCAGCUCCAUCAUCAGCACCAUGUCCACCACCCGAUCGCCACUGCAGCAUUCCACAUCAGCCGGCCCUCGCACCCGAUCUCUGCCAUCAUUGCCCCGCCUGCUCCUCUCCACCAGACGGCGGCCUCCAUCAACAUCCUUGAUGAGGACUCAUUCCAUGUCUCGAGGAUGAUGCUCCAGAAUGAAUUCCAGCAACAGCAGCAGCAACAGCAACAUCAGCAACAUCAGCAACAAGAACAACAUCAUAAAAUGGGAGGGAGGUCAGCCUCUGGUCUGGAGGAGCUCAUAAUGGGAUGCACUUCGUCGUCGACAGAUAUUAAAGAAGAGUCAUCAAUCACGAACCCACAAGAACCUGAGUGGCUGAUGAAGUACUCCCCCUUCUGGCCUGACCCUGACAAUCCGGAUCAUCAUGGGUAGGAGUGAAGAGUUACAGGGAGAGAGAGGAAAAAGAAGAAGAAGAGGAAAAAAGGGUUUCGAACAAAAAUGCUCAGGGACAUCAUCAUUAUCGGCAGUAUCAUGAGUACUUGAAGCCCCUUCUCUAACAAGUUCUUUUCAAGCUUCGAGAGAGAGAGAGAGAGAGAGAGAGAGAGACCGAAGGACACCUACACAGUAUGUACUUUGUCUUUCCACUUUGUCCUUCUUUUGUUUUUUUUUUUUGGUUAUUAAGGUCUCUCUCUCUCUCUUUAAAAAAAAAAAAAAAACCAGAACUAACUGUUUAACCGUCCAUGUUGGAAAGCGAGGCGUGGGGAAAACAAAGGAGAAUGAAAGAGGGAAAAAGAAGGAAAAAGAAAAAGGGGAGAGAGAGGCAAAAAAAAAAAAAAAAAAAACCCAAAGAAAAUGAAAGAAGCUGCCCCAGAAAAAGCUGCUCUCUCUACUGACGUUUCCGAAGGAGAAGCCAAAGACCCAAUAAAGCAAAGAAAAAAAAUACACCAUGCAUGAAAAUCAGUGCCGCCAUGAUUACCAUAUCAUCUUGCGUGGCUAUAUUCUCUCAUUAUUUUAUUUUUUUCCCUUGCUCUCAAGAAGUUUGUGUAAUCUCUUUGUUCUUGGUUACCUUUUAUUUAGAAGCAAAAGAAUAUACCACAUAAUUUGUACAAAUAGGAGGACAACUUUGUCGAUUAUGUUGUGACUAUUCACUUUCUUGAUCAAUUGUUAUGGAUAGUAAUUCAAUAUUCUUAUUUUCUUUUGAA